CAUCAGUCGAUCGCCGACGGUGCUUAUCAUGUGCAAAAAAAAAUAGCCAUUUUCGCCUCCAAAAUACAGUAGCAAGCAAAGGAUUGAUCGCAGGCAGGAGCAAGAAUUGCAUGUUCUUCCAUUUUGAGUGCCCGUUUCUGGCCUCUCUUCUUCUUUCUUUUGUCUUUUGCUUCCUUGAGUUGCCAUUUUCUGAUAGCCGGCUGGCCUGGCUCUCGGCUGGCGGGUGGCGGUCAAUUGUUGCCAGCCGGCUUCUUCAUUGCCAUAUCCGGUUGGUUCUUCAUCCCAUUCCCUGAUUGCCAUGCAUAUCUGUAGAUGCACAGCUCAUUCAGGCAUCCUCAAUUCAAUUCCUGGGGGAAAAAAAACGAAAAAAGACAAGACAAAACAGGGCUCAAAUUUGGACUGUUGUUUCUGAAUUGAAUUCCAAGACUGCACAAAAAUUGCUUGCCAAGGCCCAAGGGAAAGGGAUUCUAGGGAGGGAGGCAGAAGCUUCCCGGUUACAAGGACAUCUUUGUAUGCUCUUCUGCUUGCUGCUGCUGGCCUGGCUGGCUUUGUGCUGGUAAAUGGAUAGACGCGUAUGAAUUGGUGGAAUUGGAAUUGACUGGGUGAAGGGAGAUAUGCUGCUGAGAGUCACACGGCAUUCCAAUUCCUUCCCUUCCCCGCAGCAGCCUUGGCUUGUUUUUCCACAGUGUCCUUGUCUGUACCUUUGCAUGCAUCCCCUUAUACUUUUACAGAUAUACGCUUCCAUCCUCCUUCCUUGUGCAGUCUGGAUGGAUUCUCUGGAAGCAAAGCAGAGGGGACCGGCAGACAGUGCAAAAAAAAAAAAAGUCCAAAUCCAAUAGUUGCUCAUUCUUGGCUGGAUUGGAAGGGGGUAAAAAGAUAAAAUGCCUAUAGUAAAAGACACAGAGAUUCGAUUCCUUCCAUUAUUUGCAACCAGCGUGAUCGGAUCAACGCAAAUUGGUUAAUUAUAAAAAUAUAAAAGUAGCAGUAGUAAAAAAGAAGAAAAAUGGGCGACUAGAAUUCCUCGGGGUUUUCACCCGAGGACUCGGCAAUAAUUAGCCGCUUUACCGAGGGUGGAAGCCGCUUCGGCCCGAAGCAGGAGCCGCCGGCCAGGUGGCAGCCCCAGUGACGCGUCGCGGCCAAUGGCUGCACGCCACGUCAGCGAGCCUGCUUUUUGACAAAUUCCUUGUGCUGGCCGCUUUGACUUUUACACCGGUACACAACACCACCUUGGUGGUGAAUCAAUCAAACGCUCCGAUUUUUCCACCCUCGUUUGUUCGUAUUAUUUUACUAGUAGUAUAUUUUAUAUUUAAUAUAUAUUUAAAAUUAACCGUAUCGUGCAUGUACUGUGCUUCCAUCUGGUCGCGUAUGCUUGCUUCAGAAUAAAGAAAGGGCGAGGAAAAUGGACCCGUCACAUGCGCUGCUCACAUGGUGGGUGGGCCCCUCCCUCCCGCGCCCGGCCCGCAUCAUCAUGCACCGCAUACAUAUGGCCAUGGAGCCCGCCCUGCCGUCACUUUGAAUUCAAUUGAAUUUGAGAAGGGAAAAAAAAAAAUCUCCACCUCCUCCUACUCCAACUCCAGCCCUGUUGUCCCGCUGCCCCUCUAUUUGUCUGUUUGUUUACCGCCCGCCCACCCCAGCUCAUCAAAAGAUCACAUUUUGAUUACUGCUAUAAUAAAGGAGUCGUAGAUUAGCAGGCCGCCCAUCUUUCUUUGAAAGGGAAGGAUUUGGGCAACGUCUACUUCUGCCAAAAAUACGAAUUCAUUCGCCGCCAGUUUCAUCCUCCCUGCCCUCUAUAUGCAGUCGGCGUAGUAUCUUUGGAAUAAGUAAAUUGCAGGCAGAUGGCAGGCGGCGGAUUCGUGGAGGAGAUGAUGAGGGAGCAGAGCCUCCUGGAGGCGACGUGCGGCGACCUCUUCGACCACAUCGACGACCUCCUCGACUUCCCCAAGGAGGACUCCGCCGCCGACGUGCUCCUCCUGGACGCGCCGGCGCCGGGGAGCCCUCUGUCGGCGCGCAUCAUCGACGUCGGCCGCGCCGGCAAUGCGCUCGCCCCUCCCGCUCCCCCCGCGCUGGCGCCGCCGGCCCCUGCGCAGCACGACGCCUCCGCCAGCGCCUUCUUCGCCGCCGCGGGGCACGACGUGUUCGACACCAAGGACGUCGUCGGCGCACACAUCGGCACUUGCGAUGACAUGGACAUGGACAUGGCGCAGCUGGAGUGGCUGUCGGGGCUCUUCGACGACGCGUCCAUCCCGCAUGAGCCGGCGUUCCCUGCCGCGGCGGCGGGCUGCGCGGCACCCAUCAUCAAGAGCUCCGCGCUGGCGGCCGGCGCGCUGCUGCCGCCGGACAAGAUGGAGGACGCGCUGCUGUUCCGUAGCUCCAGCCCCAUCUCGGUGCUGGAGCACGGCAGCUUCAACAACGCCAACGGCGGUAGUGGCAGCGCUGGCGGCUCAGCGUCCUCGUCCUCGUCCUCGGCGUCCUCAUCCUCGGAGUCCUUCUCCGGGAGCGGGAGUGGGAGCGGCGGCGGGCACGCGUGGUCGGCGCCCGUGUCGCCGCGCCAGGCGCCGCCGCCGCCCGUGCUCGUCAUUCCGGCGCGUGCGCGGAGCAAGCGCUCCCGCCCGUCCGCGUUCACUGGCGCCGCCGCGCGCGCUGGGGUGGUCGAGGCGCCCACCAUCCUCGUGCCGACGCCCAUGUACUCGUCCGGGUCGUCCCACUCGGAUCCCGAGAGCAUCGCCGAGUCCAGCCCGCACCCGGCGCCGCCCAUGAAGAAGAAAAAGAAGGUUAAGAAGCCGGCGCCCCCCGCGCCUGCUGCCUCUUCCGACGACAAUGACGGCGACGCAGACUACGAGGAAGGCGGCGAGCGCGCGGAGCCGCAGGGCGGCGCCGUCAGGAGGUGCACGCAUUGCCAGAUCGAGAAGACGCCGCAGUGGCGCGCGGGCCCGCUGGGACCCAAGACGCUCUGCAACGCCUGCGGCGUGCGCUACAAGUCCGGCCGCCUGUUCCCGGAGUACCGCCCCGCGGCGAGCCCCACCUUCGUGCCGUCCAUCCACUCCAACUCGCACAAGAAGGUGGUGGAGAUGCGCCAGAAGGCUGUCCGGAGCGGCGACCCGUCGUGCGACCUCCUGCAGUUCAUCCGCCGCCGGGAUUGACGUCCCGGCACGACGUCGCCGGACUGUCGGUCGGUCGGUCCGUCGGUCGUUCUCGUCCCCCCGUAGAGCUAUAUAUGUAUACAUAUUAGUAUGUAUGCAUGCAUGGUUGCUUCAUCAGUCGUCGUCGUCGUCGUCCAUCAUGGUCAUCAUCACCACUUCACCGGUCACCGCUAUGGAUCCCACCCAACCCAUCAUCACAUGCAUUGGUUUCAGUCAGCAUCCAUCCAGUCCCAGUCCAUCGCCGGGCAUCCUGGCGUUGUUAGUUCAUUAGGUCUUUUUUUCAUCGGGGGCUAGUGUUAUUUUACCUUUCUUCUUUUUUGUCUAUUGGUUAAUUGGUUCCCCCCUGAAUGUUUUUUGUUUGUAUAGAGAGAGAAAGAGAGAGGAGGGUGAGAGGAGGGGCAGGAGAAAUAGAUGAAUCAGAGUGGUUGCUGCAUUGCAAUUGCAGUUGCUUGCAAGUUAGGUAAGGUGAGAAGGAGAGCUAAACCAGCAGCAGAGGGAGACAGAUUUAGAGAGGAAACUUUGCAGCUAGUCAGUCAGUGAGUCACUUAGAAGAAAACAAGGAGAGUGCUUUAAGCAAGUGAAAGGGGAAUUUGUUGGUUUGCUAAUUAGAAGGGAGGUUAUGUCAGGUCAGGUCAGGUAGUAGCUAUCAGCAUCAUCCAUGAGGAUUUUCAAACUUAAAAAGAGGGGGACAGCCAUCAUCCAUCAUAGUCUGUAUCUGGAGCUUGGUGUACUGAACUCUGAAAAUUCUUUUUGCAGUUCAUCUAUGUUUAGGGAUUGAUAAGUGUUGUUUGGUUUCUUCUAUACUAGUAGUGCUUCCUUUUAGCCAAUAAUUAAUUAUAUAUGAUUUUGCUCUUGUUCUUUUC